CUCAAACAUAAGUCUAUCCGACAUGGAACCCGAGCAAUCUGAGAAGAAAGGCCCUCCUGUUGUUGAACAUACCAGCGUGCAUGCAGCGCGAAUGCUAUCGCCGCGCUAUGCGAUGCACGCAAUCAACGUCUUCAUUGUUGACGAUUCAGCAUGGGUAUGGUGGUAUGAUCAACAAGGUGCAAUCCAGUCGAGCGGUGUCGAUUUCAUCAAGGAUUGGAUUGCCACAUCCCGUCAUUUUGGUCUGCGUGAGUGGAGUAUCGACGCCACACUGAUAAAGGACGAAUAUCAGCACUAUCUGAAGAGGGCUUUGAGUGAGCAUCCAAAGAACGACGGGACGAUCUACGAGAUCUAUCCCCGUCGCGGUCACCAAGGAUUCGACAUCAUAUUCGGAGAUCGUGAAGGUCAGAUGAAUGUCAAAGCAGAGGUUAUUCUACAUCCAGACGAAACCGUUAGAUCGCGAUAUUCCCUUUUCGGUCCGGGAACAAGUGUCUUUGGGACCAUGCAGGAGAAGCCGAUCCAAGCAGAUGUGGCGAUGAGGAUAUACUGGCCGGAGGCCAUCCGUACGAGCGAGGCCAUCAUCAUUGACCGGGCGGUGGAACUGGAUCGGAGAGACUCGCUCAUAGAGGGACAUUUACCCGCGGUACCUGCCUCGUAUGACCGGCACUAUUCGACCGGAACAAGUGGGGAGGACAUCCACAAAGAAGGGCCAAUUGUUGGAGAUGCUGUCGGUGGCUCACGUUGCACGCCCCUACUGCCGAUACAGAAAUUGUUGCCCAUUGAUGGGUUGCCCGGUGAUGAGUUCCUACGUGAAUGGGUGGAAUGUUAUCGACGCCACCCCGCGCUCUGGAUCAAGGACAUUGAACAUACGGAUAUCAGUUUUCACAAUCUGCUUCAUGAACCCACCACUUCAAAGAGUGUGCUGAAUGAGUUCGAUUUGGCUACGAUCUGUCUCAUCGGUGAGAACCAGGUGACAGGCCGGGAACAGACUGGUACCAUCCCCUUCAUGGCAAUCGACCUCCUCUCAAGAGAGUAUUAUUGCGGAGAGAUCGUGCGCCUGUAUCGCCAUGAUUUCGAAUCAUUCCUUUGGGUCCUGGCCUAUGUACUGUUGCGUGGAUUCUCUGGGGAACAAGAUGAAGAAUUCAAAAAAUGGAACACUGGGAAUCACGAUCGUUGUCGCGCCUUCAAGAACAACUUCCUCGGAACGUUGGUAAGAUGGCGAGCCCGGGGUGAGAAUGCACUGGUUUGGAAAGAUGCUGGGUUUCGGUUAUUGAGAUGGUUGAGGGUUAAACUGUACCGGAUGGACGACUUGCGUGAUCUUAGAAAGUGGGCACCAGACGAGCUGUCAGAGAGUGACCUCGAAGAGGUAAAUCGAUGGGAUGAUCAGUCCAAUCACUCGGCCGUACAGCUUCUCAAAGAAGCUGAGAGUGUCAUGAUGAAGCACUUAGCGGAUUCCUCCAUUACCUUUCACCCACUCUAUGAUGAAUAACUUCAACUUGGUAUCUCUCUUCUCCAUCAACUGCCGAUUCAUCCUUAGUCUGCCCAAUGGACGAAGAAAAUGCGGGAAACGCUCGCCGUGUUUCCCGCCGACUCGGACAAUACUAGGUGGCCACUGCGCGAUGUUCAUUUGUUACCUCCUGGCUUGCAUGUGAAUGAAGAAACCUGUUUUUAUAUGACUCAUGGCGGCAUCACCCGUGUCGGAGGUGCCAACCUCGAGCUGAGAGCGGCUGUGAUGUGUAUCCAAUAUCAUUGUGUGGCGUGGG